AUGAUAUGUCAAGACAUUACAAAAGCUUACGACACUAUAUGGAGACAUCGAGUAAUUCAAAUAUUCAGUAAAAUUAUAUCUAAUGGUAAUAUGCUUAACUAUAUUAAAAAUUUCCUAGACAAUCGACAAUUCGCAGUCAAAGUAUCAAACACACUCUCUGUAAAUCUCUUACAAGAAAACGGAGUACCUCAAGAUGACUUCAACUUCUGGUGCAGGAGCAACAACCUAUCAACUGUACAAAGGUUCCUCGAAGAAACAGCCAACAAACUAACUCAAUGGGCCAAUACGUCAGGUUUCAAAUUCUCCAAUUCAAAAUCCCAAUGCAUUAUAUUCUCUAGAAAAAGAGGGCAAAAACAUAUAAACGUUCAAAUAGAUGGAAAAAACAUACCAAACAAUAACACAGUCAAAAUUCUCGGCCUGAAAUUUGAUACAAAAAUGAACUGGAUCCAACAUCUAAAAUACCUAAAAACGGAUAUUAACCAAAAAUUGAAUUUAAUAAAAAUGUUAAGUCACACCCAAUGGGGGGGAGAUGAACAUACACUAAUCCGCAUACAUAGACAACUUAUCAGAGCAAAGUUAGACUACGAAGCAAUUUUAUACCAAUCAACCAGCCACUCACAUCUUAAAAUAAUAGACAGUGCAUUAAACUCCAGCAUAAGACUAUGCAUUGGAGCUUUCAAAUCAAGCCCUAUAGAAAGCAUAAGAAACAUAGCACAAGAAGCACCCCAAGAGCUAAGAAGAGCAGAGAAGACACUUCUCUACGCAGCUAGCAUCACUAGAAAUACAGACAAUGUACUUGGUAAUACCACUUAUGAUUUUUUUUUAUUUCAUAAGUGGUCCCAUUAUUAGUUUUUUUCCAACAGCUAAUUUUUUUUUUCAAUUCCUUCUUCGGGAGUUACAUCUGCAGCUGAUUGAGGACAUUUUAUUUCGACCA